CACCAGCCAUUUAUUAUGCUUGUGGCACAUCAACAAGUGUGUUUUGGUACAGAUGAUUUUGCUGAAUUGGUUAUGGGGAAGUGGGGAGAGGUGGUGGAUGCUGCAACAGUUGAAGAAUUUGAAGUUCAAUGGAUGCAAUUGUUUAAUAUGUGCAAGGACAAAUACAGCAACUUUACCUCCUAUUGUUCUACUACAUGGUUGGUCCACAAGGAAAAAUUUGCCAAGGCAUGGACAAAUCAUGUGAUGCACUUUGGAACAACAACAAGUAACAGGGCUGAGGGUGCACAUGCCAGUUUGAAGAAGAUGUUGCGGGAUUGCAAGGGUGACCUAGCCACUUCUUGGGAUGCGUCGCAUAGUUUGACAUGUAAUCGACAUACUGAAAUAUUAGCAUCGUUUGAGCGCAGUAUUCACAGAAUUGAUCACAUUUUCAUGUGCCCAUUUUACACAAAUAUUAGAGGAUUUGUGUCAAACAAAUGCCUGCAGCUCCUUGAUGCUGAACAUAUAAGAAUGAAGUCCUACGGCCGAUGCGAUUGCUUGUUGAGAGAGACUCAUGGACUGCCUUGCGGUUGUGAACUUGCAGGUUAUGAAAGAAUUCCAUAUGAGGCAAUUCAUCCAUUCUGGAAGAGACUGAGUUGGGAGCAUGUACCUGAACCUGUUGCAGAUACUAUCAGCAACCAUAUUUGCGGCAUGAACCAUGGAGAUAUGCAACCAGAAGUUGAGGCAUUGACACAUUAUUUCAGUUCUUUGGAUACUGGAGGGCAGAGUAUGGUAAGGAGGAAGCUUCAAGCUAUCUAUUGUCCUGAAAGCAGUUCACUUUGUACUCCUGAGGUUCAGAUAAGGUCCAAGCGCACUCUUAAGGCGAACGAAAGAAAACCACCCAAGGUUAAAGCAAUAGGAUCCUUGACACGAGAUCCUUCAGGUUUUGAGCAUGUUGAUAGGGAGAUCAAAGAGGCAAAGAAGGCUUCGCAACCACCAAAGAAGAAGAAGCGUGUGAAGAAGUCUGAUACAAGCUAUUUCAUGGGUCAUUUUCCAUCCUUUUUCCACCCAUAUAUACACACAGUUCAGAAUGUUGAGGACGAUGGUAACUGUGGCUAUAGAGCCAUUGCUGCAUUACUGGGACUACCAUCAGGUGAGGAAGGUUGGUCAUGUGUUAGGGAAGCGUUGAUAGACGAACUUGAACGACACAGAGGAUUGUAUGAUGAAAUGUGGUCCAGACAUGUGGUUAAUGCCUUACAUUCUCGACUCACUCUUCCUCCUGGUCAUUCGGCUACCGAGGAUAAAUGGAUGCAACUGCCAGAGAUGGGAUACCUUGUAGCAACCAGGUUCCAAGUGGUUUUCAUAUCCAUCUCUUCUCAGGGUUGUUGGUCAUACCUUCCACUAAGAGGAGAAGGUCCACCUCCUGUACAUCGCGUUAUAGCUGUUGGUCAUGUGAUAAAUCACUUUGUACAGGUAUUUUUUUAUUGCGUACACUAAUAUCCAGUUUGUGAA